GAUACACCCAACCGCCUCGCCUCCGCCUGACCUCUUUAAAACCUUGAUAUUAACUGCCCCCCACUUUCGCUUCCCAGUCCCCAUUUCCAACGCUUCCGAAUUCAGCCGCGAAGGUGAAUUUCCACCACCUGUAAUAUAAAUACAAAGCCCAUGGCUUCCUGGAUUAUCAGCACUCAGACCUCAUGCACCUCCUUUCACUUCUCGCCAAAAAUGUUACCCAAWACAAACCUCGUUUCCUGCAAUUUCUCGUCCUCGCUCCCUUCCCUCGCACCCAAAACACAAACUAUUGGAGUUUUAUUUCAAUCCCAUCGCAAAAAUUCUGGUCCUGGUAUUUCGUUUCUUAAAACCCUACACACCAAAAUAUAUCUUAAGCCCUUCUGCAAUGUUUCACCUGGGCUAUCCCUGUUCAGGAAAAAGGAUUUCGUUCAUAUUUGUCGGAGUUCCUCCAACACUCAGAAUUCAAAAGACAUAGUCUUGAGUGAAGGGGCUUCUGGAGAAACAAGGCUUGGUAAUGGAAAUGGUGGGAAUGGAAGGGACUGGACGACUUCUAUUCUGCUCUUCGGCUUUUGGAUUGGCCUCAUGUACUAUGUUUUCAUGCUCACCCCAAAUCAAACUCCGUCAAGAGAUAUGUACUUCUUAAAAAAGCUUCUGUACUUGAAGGGAGAUGAUGGCUUUAGAAUGAAUGAAGUUCUGGUAUCUCUAUGGAAUAUCAUGGGUUUGUGGCCUUUGGUGUAUACCAUGCUUCUUGUUCCAAGUGGCAGAAGCACAAGAAGCAAAAUUCCAGUGUGGCCAUUCCUGGUGUUUUCAAUCUUUGGGGGUGCAUAUGCUCUUCUUCCAUAUUUUGUUCUUUGGAGACCACCACCACCUCCUGUUGAAGAAGCUGAGCUAGGAAGAUGGCCUCUAAACUUUCUGGAAUCAAAAAUAACUUCUUUGAUAUUGUUUUCUGCAGGUCUAGGUUUAAUCGCGUAUGCAGGCCUAGCCAGUGGUGAUGUAUGGAAGGAAUUCUACCAGUACCUCAGAGAAAGCAAACUUGUCCAUGUCACCUGCCUUGAUUUUACACUGCUAUCAACGUUCGCUCCCUUCUGGGUUUACAACGAUAUGACUGCUCGUAAAUGGACUGACAAAGGUUCUUGGAUUCUUCCCUUAGCACUAGUUCCAUUCCUGGGUCCCGCUUUGUAUCUUAUAUUGCGACCGUCACUGUCAACAACACCUGUGUCUCUCACCUCAGCCACAAUAGAACGAGACUGAUGCUAGAUCGAGAGAGAGAGCUUCAAAUUCAGUCGGUUAUAUUUGUGCAUAGGGAUAGAAUCCUGCCUAGUUUCUCCUGGUUGUAGCGGUGGGUUGGGGGAUGGGCUACCCCCGUUGUGUAGUCCCGGAGCCAAAAAAAGAAUGUAUAGAGAAGUUGAGUUACAUUUUAUGGGUUUGUUUUAUAUAAUCCAAAUAUGCAAAGUUUGGCAAGGUGCCAACUGGUUA